AUGUCCCACUGUUAUGGGAUUCUGCGGACAGAUGAAGAGGAAUCGAAUGAUGUGCAAGCAUUUUUACCUGGUGACAAAGACUGGAGGGCAGGUUGUACGAGGAAAUUGACCAAGGACUGGGAGAGAAGUUUGGUGAUCCAAGCGAGCUAUGUCGGCCUGCGUCCCGAUUUCUGUGACGGGACGCUUUGGAGACCGUCGACAUCACAGCUUGAUCUCAGUCCUCUUGGCAAUCUGGAUUUUGUCCAACUGCAACUGGAAUUGCAACCUUUGGAACACAUAUCACCCGCACGACCUACCAACAUACCUCUCGACGGACGAUUACACGGCUAUCGCUCGAAGAAAUCUAACGGUCGACUGCGAGUCAAACGACGACACUUAGAUGUUGUGAGUUCAGAAAUUGCUUCGACCAGAGUAAACAAGGAGUGCGUAUGUACUACUCCAGUUCCACCAUGGUUAGCAACAAACGACGAUAGAUGUUGUGAGUUCAGAAAUUGCUUCGACCAGAGUAAACAAGGAGUGCGUAUGUACUACUCCAGUUCCACCAUGCAACGUACUGUUACCAUACCGCACGCGGACCCAUUUGCCAAAGUUUAUUGGUGCUAUAUGGAACGAAGGAAGGUUCCUGCAGAACGGGGACAUGUCGACAGUUAUCCCUAUCUUCAAAAAGGGUACGUGGACGCUGUGCGAAAAUCACCCACCGAUCAGCCUGUUAGCUAUGGCAUCGAAGGUGCUCUCGGGUAUUAUCCUUCGAAGGUUGACUGA